AUGACGACGACGACGGAGGGAAGCGCUAGGGUUUAUCGGCUCCAGUCCUACCAAGGCCAAGUCUUCCUGGUCGACAAGGACGUGGCCUUGCAAAUACCAUUGGUGAGGCGGCGACAGGCGGAGGCGGAGGCCGGCGGGGUCAUCCUGAUGGAGGCAUCCGACACGAAAUCGCUGGGGAAGGUUCUCGAGUGGUGCGAGAUGCACACGCCGGAGAAGAAAGCCACCGUCCCCCCGGACGAGCUGCGGAAGUGGGAAGACGGGUACAUCGACCCUUGCCGCUGCCCCAUCAGGCUUCUCAUCGCCGCGGCCUUCAUGGAGUUCGAAGAAUUGGAGCAUUGGCUGUCCAACAGGAUCGCGGCUAAGGCAAUAGCCCUUGCAGGGAAGGACCCGGAUGAAAUGUUGAGACAGAUUCGCGCCAGAAUUAGUAGCUUAGGUUGUUAA